ACACGGGCCAGAAGAAAAGAACCAAGGGGCUCACAUGCGUGUCUCGCGUCUGAUAUGAGGCAUAUGCAGUUGCCAGCUUGGCUUCGACAUCGUAGACGGUGUCCUGGUUCAAUAACAACACCAGCACCGCCUCCGCCGAGCCUAAACAGGCCGUCAGCGCAGUUUAUGGAGGAUUGGUAUGGGGAGCAUUGUUGGCAGUGGUAUGUGGUAGAUGUAACAAGGACCACUAUAAAGUGGAGACAAUAGUGACGAGAAAAUAGAUUUCACAAUUACAAUAAUAAUAGAAGUCUCGAACUCAAACGUGUCAAGAAAAAUCGUAGUUUAUUAAGGUCAAACACGCCAGUGCCUUCUGGGUUAUAUAUUCACAACUGAAAGAAGAAUGAUGACUCACCUAAUUUAUCGCAUUUUCCUCUAGAAAUUAAGAAGCGGCGAAUUACUUACAGCCCUCAGGUAAACCGGACUUGGUUUAUGUGAAACGCGAUACAAAUGCCUUAGGAGACAUCCCUGUGGUAAAGCACUUGUCGGAUCUCAGCUGUUCGCACAAGUUUCAAGUUUCUUUGAUUUAAAGGCCGCUGUGGCAGACACAAUACAGAAAGAAAUAAAAUGUUUAAAAAAAAUAGUAUGGCUAAAAAGAUCGAGUGGAGGAAAUGGGUGCAUAAACAAGAAAUACCAAACGGCGGUUUCAGAAAAGAAAUUAAAACGUAACCCUGUAAAAGAUUUUUUUAUUAAAAAAAAAAGAAGAAGAAAUUAAGGGAAAAGAAAGAACUCACUUUAUAUAUACUCGCAGAUUUACACACCAGUUUGUCGUCUGCAAACGGAGUUUGUCGUGAGUAAACACGAGUUUGUCGUGGGUGCACAUGAGUUUAUCGUGCACGAAGAAAGUUUGCCCUGCCUGAACAAGGCUUUUGUGCGUACUCCGAGUGCCCAGCGUUGGUUCGCUUAAAUUGUUGAGCGUAAACAAAUGUCUCUCGUCGGUAAAUAACAAAUCAGAAGAGCAUUCUGUGAGCUUCAUACGCUUCAACCUUAAUAUUAAUAAUACUAUGAGACUUGUAUAGUGCAUAAACAGAAACAGUGAAUGAAUACUAAUAAAAUGGAGCGGAGGGAUAUCAAACAACGUGCAUGUUGAGAAGUGCACGCGCUUUCGCUCCCUCGUCCUCACCUACACUGCAACUUACCAUCCAACAGUCAGAGCGAAAGAGAGCGACCAUUUGGAGGAAAGAGCGACAAAUAAAAGGUGACGGAGCCAUUCCGCUGCCCUUUGCUGGAAUGAAUCAAAGUAAAUUGACAGGCGCGCGACGGAGAAGUGUGGAAGCAGAUGAACUUGUUGAGCCGGUCGUGUUCAUUAGACGCUCCGCCGAGUGGUUUAAACAGCCCCAGAGUAAAUACAAAAUCGUGGUGUGAGGCAACAACUGGGACUGGGCGGCCAAAGAGUCUGCCCAUAUCCAAGCAUCCUUACCACAUAUUGCAUACACUGUUACCUUUGACCGAGCUUGAGUGCGCUUAGGUCAUGGCGGCCAGCAGGCGACGCCUUCUUGUGGACAACACCUGGCAAAGGUGAGCCCGACCUGUCUUCAGCUUCAGUGACCAAUAAUCUGGUAUCUGCGGGGCUACAGAAACGGCCCAGAAGAAGAAAGAAUUUGAAGUUGAAACAACAGUUCCAUUUGCAUCAUGUUCCGUCUCGACAAACCCAUAUCUUGUGCUCGACCUGCUAGUGACUUCGACGACAUCAGCACCAUCUUGACUCACAGUUCUAUAACAGGCAGCCACAAGGCAGCUAACUGGCAACAGUUUGUAGGGGAAGAUGGCAGUGUCUUCUUUGUUGAGCUGUCCAGAGUAACAAAUGUCUUUCUGCAAGGUAGAAACAAGGAGACAGACACAAGCAGCUUAUGCUCUUACUGCAGUACAAGGUCCACACAAAGCUGCACCAGUGAGGACACAGGAUAUUCUUCAGAUGCGGAAAAUCAGUCUAGUCAUUCAAAACAGACUACUAGCAGCAUAAGCAAAUCUUUUUCCACAUCCAGCAAGUUUGCACCUUCUGUGACCUCAUUACCUGUGUUUGCAGAUUUUGAGGACGAUGAUGGUGUUUCAGUGGAUGUAGCAGACUAUGAUGAAAGUGAGACAAACUGUGCAUCCAGUAACAAGUCUGGUCCAGGCAGUUCUUGUGGGCAUACUGCAUUUAGGACAAAAUCACAUUUAUAUGUGGGACAUUCAGAGAACUUGUGCUCUUGUGGUCAACAUCCAGGAGGAUGCCCCAGCUCAGGUGACAAACUUACAUCAUGCCUACACAACACCUGUUUAGGCUGCAUGGAGCAAGUGGAGUGCAAGUCACAGAAAUGGAUAAAGGAAGUGAUCAUUCGAACUGGUGGUCACAUGUGGGAUGGACACCCUGGAGUUGGCUGGCUACAGGCAGUUUUGGGCAUAGUACCGGAAAAGCCCACCCACAGAGUCAAGAUGACAAGGAGGAGAAUGCAGAGAGAAGUAGAAAUCAACAGGUAGUCAUCAAGGGCUUGACUCCAGAUGGUCCAGCUAUAAGAAAUAAAGAGCUAUUAAUAGGUGAUCACAUAUCCAGUAUCAAUGGCAGAAAAAUAACCUGGAACAACUUAGAAAGCGUGGCAAACCUCCUAAAUGGCACACGAAAGGUGCGGCUAGUAGUUGAAAGGACAAACAACCAAUCGUCUUCACCCAGAGAUAGGAACACCCUGCUUCUGAACACAGCUAAUAUCACCAAGUUUUUAUCUCACAGCAGCACCAGUGGCCACCGAAGUGGAAAUUGCCAUUUGCAUUUGAAUGGCAUGCAUGUACUGUAUAUGUCAAUGGAUGGUGUAUCAUCAGAUCAUGCAGAACAGAAGGAAGAUAUCUUGUACAAGUUUCCAAAACAAGACUCCAUUCUUUCUGAGCUGCGCGGAUUGUACUACACUCUCACACAUCUCCUGACUGAUGAUAAUGUUGCUAACUCAACACUUCUAGCAUUAGUUAUAGGUGGAAAGGUUGUCAACAUCUAUUGUUGCAAAGAGGGCAAGGACUUGCUUAUCGUGGCAGCUCCAGCUGACAGGGUGCUAACACACCAGCUGAAGACACUGGUCAAAAAUGUCCAGCGCUUGCUCCGAUGUUUGUUUGGAUCUGUUGAACUGGCAUUCAGAUCAUCACAGCAUCACUCCGCGAUUGAUGAUUUCUUAGGAUUUCUCAUCAGUUUUCUCAGUCCCUCUUUCAAGAUGGGGAAAUACAUAAGAUCCAGACAUGCUAUGUAUGGUUAUAUAGCUUAUCUUCCACUACCAGGUGAUAUACAGAUGGCUAUCAGCAGCACUCUGACAGAGUUUGAGUCAGCAGAGUUUGCAAACAUGUCUGAAACAUUCUACGGGUGUAGACGAAUGUUUACUAUUUUGGGAUCCCUGGUUUUCUAUAAGGGCCAUGCACUGUGUAGUCACCUGGGUCAGGAGGAUACUGUUGAUAUCUUUUUCUAUCUCACCCAUGCUGGAUUGUUACACUUGACUGCUCGUCAUCGACUACAUCAGUUGCUAGUGUGGCAAGAGAUUUUCCCUACACGAUUGUGUCAUGAUGUGACAGAUACAAAUAGUGUGUUUGGAUAUUCUGAACCUUAUGCUCGAUGGUUUCUAAUGGUUGUUGGCAUGAAAAACCUCCUGUUGGCAACUCUUUUGGAAGCAGGUGGCUGUGCAGCUCAAAUCGAAGGCACAUGCCUGCCCGAUCCUUUUUAUGUGGACCAGGCCAGGGCAACAGCCUUACAUUUACAGUCAGGAGACAUUAUCUCUGCCUGUGAAAGAAGAUUGUGUGGUGAAGGACUUCCACCUACAGUCAAAGUAGACAAGCUGACCUCUACUCACAGUACAUCCACUCCUGUUAUUCGAAGGUUUGAACAUUUAAUCAAAAGCCCCACCUCCAUCUCCUUGAACUUCGGCAGCAACAUCUCUAGUCUUCCAGCACUCAGCAAUAACACUUUGCCAGCAGGCUGCAGCCUGGGUAACUCACCAACUAGGCAUGAAUGGAGGAAAAUAUCUUCGGAGUCUAAUGUUUCUGUUGGAAACAGCAACAGUGGUGAACAGCUUUUCAAGGCAGCAUCCGGAAUACUGGGGCCCCAUUAUCCCCCUGCAGAGUACAACCUUGUGCCUAUCACCUGCCCACCAUUUGUUGUUGACAGUGAUGUCAACAUAUUCAAACUAGGCUCAGGAAAAGACAACACUGUGCUGAUAUACUGUCAGCUGAACAGACAUGAAUCCAGUCUCUUUUCCUCUUCUGGCUCCUUUAAUAGCGAUGCACCUUCAUCGUUGCAGAGACAACUGGUGGAUAAUUUCUGGCGAUGUUGUGCCAUGAUACAUGCAGACUUUGUCAAAUCCAUACAUAGAAAGACCAACAGAGGUGAGUGUUUGCUGAGUGACUUUGAGGCUGACUGCACAUUGUCCAGCUGCAGGGAGCAAGGAGUAAUGUUUAUGAUCACAUCACAUGACACAACAGAUAACAGAAAGCCUCUAUCUCUUGCUUAUUGGGUUGUUGGACGCAAGCUAUGGUACCCUCAACUGAGAGAAAUCUUUGUGUGCUUCCAUGAAUCGACACCUCAGAACAUUGUUGAACUGGCCUUCAGGCUUAGUGCUGGAAAUCUGGAGCUGGCAUGAUUAUUGCAAUUUUUUGUUUUCCUGUUCAUAUAAUCUGCCUACUUAAGGUCAUAAAUGAUCAUUGUGAUCGUGAGCAAUGUGUUUUAGACUUUGAAAAUCAGUACCUUUUUAAAAUUAUUCCAUCAACUUCAUGCAGUUUUCAAAUUAGAUCUUAUGCAGAAGCUACAAUUUUGUGUUCUUCAGAUAUUUAUUGGUAAAAAAAAUAUGCUUCAUUAAAUAUGAGUUAUAAAACAGCAGUGGUAAAUAUCUCCAGGGCACUUAACAUGCAUUUUGUUUUUAAAUGACAGCAAGUGUUCAGUGUUGUGUGCAAUAGACCCUUGACAUGGUGUUUCUUUUUUGUGUCAUGGGAAAGACCUCUUUGCAAAGUGAAAUUACCUCAUAGUGGUUUGCUUUGCCGAUCGCUGAUUAUGGAAGAUCAGUGUCAUAAUCAUGUCACUUCAUUAUACAUUCAUGUUCAUUUUAUUUUGCAUUGUUGGGGAAAAAAGAUUUGGCAUUUAUAUAUUAUAAUUGUAUUGUGCACAUAUAUACAUGGAUAUUUAUUAUCAUUAAUCUAUUGCUGAAACUGAUGAACAGGAUAUGUUUGAAACUGGUCAUUUUACAGUUUUAGAAGCCUUUGGUGGCUAGACAGACGUUGAUGAGAGGAAAAAAUGGUCAGGAAUGUCAUGAAUGCAUAUGCAGAAUAAUCUCUUAUACUCUCAUUGCAGAAAAGUCUAUUUACUGUUCAUUUUAAAAAUCUGUGGCAAUCAUUUGUGUAGCUAUGAACAUAUUUUAUUCAGCCUCUUCCAGACAGACCAAAUAUAUUUCACCCUCAGCUAAUGGUAAUGAUUUUGGUCUUUUAAAUGAAACGGAAAACUUGUUUUUUUCCUGAAUAAAAAAUGUAAAUAAAC